ACACGUCUCUCUCUCUCUCUCUCUGUGUCUGUGAGAGAACCAAAGAAGAAACGGAAAAAUGGGCAGAAACGAACUGUACAUAACCGUACCCAACCUCUUCCGCUGCCCCAUAUCUCUUGACGUAAUGAAGUCUCCUGUAAGUCUCUGCACCGGAGUCACAUAUGAUCGCUCCAGUAUCCAGCGCUGGCUAGACACCGGACAUGACACCUGUCCCGCCACCAUGCAGGUCCUGGCCACCAAGGACUUUGUUCCCAAUCUCACUCUCCAUCGACUUAUCAACCUCUGGACACAAUCCUCCACUCGCCGCCCUGACUCCGGCCACUCUACGCCAACGGCCACCACGGUCUCGGACCAGCAAGUUGGGAUAUGGAUUGAGGAUAUUAAGAGGUUAAAACACGAAUCGCUGGUGAAGAUUGUGGAGUUCUUGAGAUAUUCUGAAGACAAUAGAGUAUUUUUUGUCCGCUUUGAUGGCCUUAUAGAGGAGAUUAUCGUUGUUUUGAGUAGAGACGAAGUAGAGAUUCAGAUUUUGGAGUUGAUUGUUCGGAUUUUGGAUUUGAUUUUGCUUCAAAAUGGAAUCAGGGAAAACGUACACAGAUUACUCUUCAAAAACAAUCAAAAUUGCUUAUCUUCGUUUCUUUCCGUUAUCCAAAAUGGAAAAUCCAAAUCCAAAAUCCAAGCCGUUAGAGUUCUGGAGUCAAUUUCGAUCAAUAACGAAUCGAAACGCUUGGUUGCAGAAACGCAAAAUCUCAUGCUAGUUCUUUUCCAUCUCCUCAAAACAGAGAACGAUCCGGCCUUGCACGACUCAGUUUUAUCUCUCUUGAUUUCUCUCACCGUAACUCGCUCAAUCAAGAACCAGCUGAUCCAGCAUGAACUCGUUGAAGUUCUAUCCAAGACCCUCUGCAACAAAAACGUGGCCGUUUCACUCGUAGAGAAGUCCUUAAAACUGUUAUCAAUCGUUUCGACGUGCACGGAAGGUCGAAAUGCGAUAAGCGAGGACCCGAAAUGCGUGGAGUGUAUAGUAGAGAGAUUAAUGAAGUUGCCAAAAACGGCAAGGGAGGAUGCCGUAGUGGUGCUAUGGAGUUUGUGCUGGUCGUUGAGGGACGGGAAGGUGCAGGAGAAGGUGAUGAGGAGCAAUGGAUUGACAAAGUUGUUGGUGGUGAUGCAGAGUGAAGGGGAAGGGAAUGUGAGGAGGAUGUGUGCGGAUUUGGUGAAGGUUUUGAGAGUUGGGUGCAAGGAUGGUGGGGCGGUGAUGAGCUAUGAGACCAAAACGACACAUAUCAUGCCUUGUUAGAUCUGUAACGUGCCGUAGUUGAUUUUUGAUUUUGAUUAUAUUAGGGAGGAUGUGAAUUGGGAAUUUUGUUGACACUUAACAUACAUACAAGAAAAAAAAAACAGGAAUGGAAAUUCUUUUCUAACUU